ACCGGUCAAGUGCCCGCGUGCCCGGACGUGACGUACCCGCAUGCCCGGACGUGACAGGCUAAGGGCGGGGCGCGUGGCGGCCUGAAAGGUGCCGCGGGAAACUUGGAGCUCUGGGCCUACACGCCGGUCAUGGCCGGAAGUGACAAAGGGGGAGACGGGGCGGCGCUGGGGCUGCGGCUGGCGCUGGCGGCGGCCUGGCACGUGGUGCGGGCUCGGCAGACCCGGGACUACCCGCAGGCACUGGGGCUGCUGGAGGCUGUGGGGCAGGCGGCGCCCGAUGCCGUUGCUUUCCGGCACUAUGCUAAGCUGUGCCUGGGCCUGCAGGCCGCGGUGAUCAUGAAGAUGCUGGAGGAGGAGGAGCCGGAUGAGAAGAUCUAUGAUGCUGUGGACACCUACUUUCCUGAGGGCAAGCCUAAACAGCACCCCCUUGCUACCCCCCGGGACAUUGAGAUAGUGACAGAGGCCCAGGAGGCCUUCCGGGACCAAGUGCUGGGGCUGCUGAGCAACCGACAGGCCAGGGAGAGGUACCUGGAGGGGCAGCUGGAGGCUGAGUACGGAGAGGCUUUUCUGCGUAUGCUGGAGCAGCUCUUCUAUGAGUACCUGCUACGACUGGAGAGUGCCUUGCCCCUGCCCAACGUGAGCCAGCUGUAUGAGAUGGCUUGGAGCCAGUGCCCCCUACCUCAGGCUACACAGUGCCCUAAGGAGCUGCGCCUCCUGACCCGCUAUCUGGUGGAUGUGGGGCACCAGAGUCAGGGCCCCCUCCCCCAGCCCCCUCGCGCCAACACGCCCACCUCCACCCAGCAGCAGCCUGUGCAGCUGGCACCCCAGCCAGCACCUGGGUCCCUCCAGCACCCGCUCAGGCUGGCCCAGAGCAGCAAAGACCCUCCCCGUAGACGCAGACUGUACAGCCAGAUGCCCAGGGACCAGAAGCAGGGUGGGCACCAGAUUCUCAGUAACCCCAGGCAUCCAGACACGGUACAGGACGUAGUGUGGGACUCUGCUGAUGAAGAGAGCAGCUUCCUCUGCUGGAAGGCCACCUGCCAGCACACCCAGCACCACACCCUGAUCCCCACCUUCCAUGACCACCUAGGCUCUCCCAGCACUGGGUGCCUGAGCUGUAUGGACCCUGUCUUGCCUUCACAGGGCAGCCCCCAGCUGUGGGGCACAGACACUGGCUUCCCAGAGGCACCACGCAGUGUUUCUUGCUGACACCCAAUAAACAUGGGCAGUGGUUGCCA